GGGGCUUGUGUGCUGCUCCCGUUGGCGUUGGGGUCUGUCCCUAGACCGCCCAGACCCAGAAUCCCUGCCUGCCCAUCCGCGCCCCCGCGGGCACACAGAGGCGCGCGGGCGGGACCGGGCGGAGCCUCGAAGCCCGUAAAAGCGGCACGGGCCACUGCUGGGCACUGACGACCAUGGCGUGUCCGAAACUCCCGCUGGCGUUGGGCCUGGCUCUGCUCACGGUCUGCCUCCUGGCGCUGCCUCUCGAUGCCCGGGCCCGGCCGGGGGAGCGGGAGCGUAUGGUCGGAGGACUGCAAGACCUGUCUACCAGCGACCCGCAGGUGGUGAAGGCGGCGCAGGCGGCCGUGGCCACCUACAACAUGGGCAGCAACAGCCUCUACUACUUCCGAGACACGCACAUCCUCAAGGCGCAGAGCCAGCUGGUGGCUGGCAUCAAGUACUACCUGACCGUGGAGAUGGGGAGUACAGCCUGCCGGAAGAGUGCGGUGGCUGGAGACCGCAUAGAUCUCACCACCUGUCCCCUGGCCGCAGGAACCGAGGAGGAGACGCUGCGCUGCGAAUUUGAGAUCCUAGUCGUUCCCUGGCAGAACACCACCAGACUCCUAAAGCAUGAGUGCUGGCCCGUGUAGUGGAUCCCGCAGCCAUGGGAGCGGGCACAUCGGUGGAGGGCACUUUGGGUCCAUGGGCCAUAUCUGUUGCAAUAAAUUGCCAGCAUUGCUUCUUG